AUGACUCUCCAGCUUUGCUGUGCUUGGAUUUUUAUCUUCCUCCUUCCUGGCCUCUCAGAUGGAGGGAAACUCCUGGUGGUGCCUGUGGAUGAAAGCCACUGGCUUAGCAUGCAACAAGUGGUUGAAAAGCUCACCGAGAGAGGACAUGAGGUGGUGGUGGUUGUACCAGAAGUAAGCUGGAAGAUGAAGACAACGCAGGCAUACACAGUGAAAACAUACCCCGUGUCUUACACGUUAGAAGAGCUGGAUAAUGCUUUUCAUGAAUACGUUGCCACUCACCUGAAGGACCUACCUUUCCCUCUGAAUGCUCUAGUGCUAUACAACAACUCAGUACACGUUUUCCGUACGUUCUUUGUUCAGUGCAAGAACCUGUUCAGCAGCAAGGAGACCCUGCAGUACCUGAACCAAAGUGGCUUUGAUGCUGUCCUAACAGACCCCAUUUUUAUGUGCGGAGCAACACUUGCUAAUUAUUUUUCUCUUCCAUUUGUGUUCUUCAUGAGAGGAUUUCCUUGCAACUUACACUAUAAAGCACCACAGUGCCCAAGCCCUCUGUCCUACACCCCAAGACUAUUUACCUUCAACUCAGACCACAUGACUUUUUUACAGAGAGUGGAAAAUGCACUGGUUGCCCUCCUGGAGCUUGUGUACUGUAAUGGUUUCUAUGAAGAUGCGAUAAAAUUCUCAUCCGAAGUUCUUCAGAGAGAGGUAUCCCUACUAGACCUCCUGAACUCUGCUUCUAUUUGGCUUCUGAGAUUUGACUUUGUGUUUGAGUACGUCAGACCAGUGAUGCCCAAUAUGGUUUUUAUUGGAGGUAUAAACUGUGCUCAGAGGAAACCGCUGUCUAAGAUCAUGGUGAAACACAAAUGUGAUGUUGAAAUGGAAAGAACUAAUCUAAAAUAG